AUGUUGACACCAUCGUCUCUCGAAGACUUUGUUGUCCGCGCUGCUGCAUGGGAUGACGGCGGGGUGGAGUUCAUCUUCGCGGACAGCACCAUCUUGUCCUUUGUGGACAACAUGAACACUUUCGUUGCAGUGCGCAGCAACCCUAGUCCUCGCCAGACCCAACCGGCAGCAACUCAAGUGACCCACAAUCGACAGCAACAGGAGCGGCGGCAGUGGCCGCCAACGACAGCAGCUCCAGCAGGUGACUAUGUGGACUCCAUUGACAACUCCAAAGAUGAUGACGAUGAGAGCUGCGAGCUUUGUUUUACAGCAUGGACACUCAGUAAGAACGCGGCCAAGGUGCGCGCAGCUCUGCACAUCUUCAACAGUCUCAGCGAGCAGCCACGGUUACUGCUGCCGCUGCUGCCUUCAAAAGCUUCUGUACCUCUUCAGCCGUCGUCCUUGUGGAGAACUAACGCCUCCUCGAUGGCACCGGCAGAUAUGAUGGUGGGAACUUGCGGUGUGUGGCAAGAGCCCGGCCCCCCGAUCGACACCCUGUUGUUGGAGCGGCGUGCUGACCUUUUCCGGCGACAUGUUGUGCUUGGCUCUGUUCGCGAGUGGAUGCCGGCGCCUGAAACGCCUCCGCAGAGACACUCAGCUGGCCCAAGCGCUGCGCAAGGCUCUUCAACGACGUCAGGGUUGUGUUUUAUCGAUUCACCGGCCGCGUCUUCAACUAUUCUGGAGAGAGCGGCGCAGUUGAAGGUAGGAGACGGUGUAUCUGCGCACACAGCGUAUACCGGUGAUCCAACGGCCUCAUUACCAAAGGAAGUGCCCGUUGGCACGGUACUCGAGCUUUGGUGCGCUCUGCGCCGCGUCCGUAUGACAGUGGCGGUGCACCGAGAAACCUUCACGGUGCGGUGGCCAGCGCCGGUGACCCGUCCCGACGGUUCGCGACUACCUCCGUCCUUUCACGCGCGGGACACCGAGGCAUUGCACCUGUCACCAUCGUCACCAAGCUGGUCCUCCUGCGUCCCUUACCCAGGCUCGGCAUCCGCGCCGCUACUCUUCGCAUACAUCGAGCAGACAUUCCCGGUGCGAGACCCGCCAGAUGCGUGGCGGGUGAUGCUUCAGCUGGCGCUGGAACUCGAAGCAGAGCUUCUUGAAGCAGAUAAGGAAGCACGUGCACUCAAUGCGGCGUCAGUGUCAGUGUCCCACGCCGCUGCCAGCGCUGUACUCGCGGAACACGACGGCAGUGUGGGCGGUUCUUCUACGUGGCAAGGCUGCUUGCCUGAACCGCAUCGCUGGAGUGGUGAACUGAACCAGCACCGUAAUAUCAACCGCUGCCGCUUCUCACCACUGUCUGCAUCGCAGGCGUCGCACCUCGCUGCACCGCGAACAGCGCGCGCUGUGGACGCGAUGCGGGCGCUUCACUCACCUGGUGCGCAACUUCGUUGGAUGUACGAGGCGAACCACUCUGGGGCAGGUAGGGAGAACCCGCCCGCCGUUUACUGGUGUCUACGGGGGACCACUGUACGCACUGCUAUCAACGCAACCCGCUGCAGCGUCGCUUCCGUGACUGGUACUUCGACGGCGGCACCUCUUUGGGGUACCGAAGUAGUGGCUUGGGUAGCCGAAGAUGGCAGCGUCGUGCGAACCAAGCUCGAAGGGCAGGGCUACACGAUCAAACACCAUCGUCUUCACUUGUCUUCGUCUUGUGUGGCUGCACCGGCACCGGUUGUGUAUCGACUCCAGGCGCACGACCCUGCAACAGCUGUGGCGACAGCAGACAAGCGCUUGCCGUCAAGGAUAGCGCCGCUGCGGUGCCGCCUUCGUGUUGACCCCAACUCGUGGUCAUCCUCACAGGGAGACAGAAAAGGCCUCACGGACGCCGCUGCUGCUGCAUCGGCUCCUCGGGUGGCGUUGCCGGUCGCAAUCAUCGAUCCACAAAGCCUUUACUGCUUGUCAGCAUCUUCAACGGACAACCUACAGGACGGUGAUACCACAGACCCAGUCACACCCGCGUGUGCGUGCUCUGUCUUGGAGGCGCUUACCACAGUCUUGGUGUCAAGCGAGCGACGCGUUGCUCGAUGCAGCGACGCUAACUUUAGCGCAGCAGGCGUGGCGCCACCUCUCGCAUCUGUAGGUAGCGCUGCGACGUGUGGAAGAGUGGCGAAUUCGGAAACACCCGACGCGGUGCGCUGCCUGCGCCUCGGCCGCUACAUCGCCUCUGUGGUUGACGUCGCAAUUCAGCUUUCCCAGGUGAACUGCGCUGCCCUGCGUGCGGCUGACGUCUCCAGCACAUCGACAGACAAACCACGACUCGCUGCGUACUGCUGCACCGAACCAUCAACGGCCUCGCCGUCGUGCUGGUCGCCUAGUGCACACGGCUUCUCAGGGAACAAAGGUGUCCACUCAGUCGCCCCAGUCAGCGCCUCCAACAACGCUUCUGUUGUCUCUGUUGUCUACCUGACAAGCCGGCUGGAGGGCAUUGGCACCUUUACGGCGCUCACCAACGGCACCAUUCGUGUCCACUUUGAUGAUCGCACCCUUCUUACCCUCGUUCCCGGUGUGAACGAGGUGGACGAAGCGCAGCUGCUGGCCACAUGUGUGCUGCGCAACGCCACACGGUGCAGGAUGCGGGCAUCACAGUGCUAUCCUGGACACGCGAUGCACCGCUACUUGGCCUAUGCACUCCCGUUUCGUCGAUAUGUGUACUGGCGGGCUGUACACCUGUGUGAGCCCGCCACCCACGACGGCGUAUGUGCUGGGAUGUCGGGUGGUGAAAGAGAAGUGGCCGCGUUGCAGAAACAACCGCAGGAGCGGCAGGCGCAGAGCCGUAGCACCGUUCUGAGUGACGCAGACGAACGCGUCAUUGCUCACCACGGGACUUCCGCGUCACUGGCUAGCAUGUCCACCAUGGCGACAAGCACAUCUCUCAUAGAGCACCAGCUGCUAGAUGAAUCUGUGUGUCUCCUGCCAAGUUUGCGGUCGUGUUCCUUGGCCACAUCUUUUGGUGUGCUGAACGACGACGAAGAGCGCGUGGGAACAGUGUUGAACAAGGCAUCUUGGCCUGCAGGGGCGAGCAGUGGCGCAUCGUAUCAUCAGCUGCCAAGUGAGCCGACAUCCUCUCCGCAUGUCUGCCUCCCCGUCUCUGAGACUAUGAAGCCUCACGGCUCUCUGCACGACACUGGUACAGUGUGGGGGCUGGUAGAGACGGAGCGAACGAUGCAGGCAUACGGUGACAGCGAAGAGACCGAGGUUGCGGCGCAGCGGGCGCGACUGCAGGAACUGCUUGAUCGAAAUGAAGCCCUUUCGCACGCCACCCGAGCUCUUUUACGUUACUAG